AUGGAAGUCUUUAUGAAGAAAUUUUUGUUUCUAUUUGCUUUGUUCGCCGCUGGGACUGAAACCUUUGGAGAUUCGUGUGAUAAAAUAGAUAGUCCACCCAAACAGGAGACGGGAUGCUGCGGCCUUGACGCUGCAGAUGAUGAUCUUCAAAUAAGUGGCGAGGCAGCUAUCAACCAGUUUCCGUGGCUGGCGUUGAUUGAGAAUAAAGAUGAAAGGAUUACAUGUACUGGAGUAUUGAUAAGUUCUCAACACGUGUUAACAGCAGCACAGUGUAAUUACCAUGGACCUGUCAAAGUACGUUUGGGUGAAUAUAAUAAAACCCACUCGGGGCCCGACUGUGUGGUAGUAGAUGGUAAGAAGGUGUGCAACGAUGGUGCGAUCACCAUCCCCAUAGCUACCGUCAUAUCACACCCUGAGUUCCAACGACCCAAUCACAAGGGACACGAUAUAGCUCUCAUCAAACUGGCUGAUAAAGUGCCAUUCAAUGAGUUCAUUCGUCCCAUAUGUCUGCCGAGCAGCGAUGUAUUAAUAUCACCACCUUCAAACCUUCGCCUGGUAAACGCCGGUUGGGGCAGCCGACCUUCCAGUAGUUAUGAAGACGAUGUAGUCAAACAUUACGUACAGUUGCCGUAUGUUGAUAAUAAGACUUGCCAGAAGGUUCAUAGUUCAUUGAAGGACACAUCAUAUCAGAUAAGGGAUAGUCACAUAUGCGCUGGUGGUGAAAAAGGCUUAGACUCCUGCCGAGGUGACGGUGGCGGGCCACUUAUGUACAAGGAUGGUGGUUUGUACACACUAGUGGGUAUUGUCAGCUUCGGCAGAGUACCUUGCGGUGUAGAAGGUGUACCCAAAUCUAAUUGCAAUAAUCCAGAUGGAAAAACUGGUACAUGUAUACCUAUCAAGGAUUGUCAACCACUGAUAGAUCUAGCCAAAAAACGGGAUAGAACAGAAGAGGAGACACAGUAUUUAAUAGAUUCCAGAUGCGGAUCACUUGAUACUAUAAAGGUGUGUUGUGUAACAGAGUCAAGCGAAUUGGAAGAUGCUAGAUGCUUUAACCCUGAUGGCAACCAGGGUAUUUGCUCUAACGUCAAUACUUGCCCAUCCAUCAUAAAACUCCUUACAACACCGAUAUCAGAAAGUAAUCUAGAAUUUAUUAGAAACUCAAGGUGCAUAGGAUCUUCAAAAUAUAGUGUAUGCUGUGGCCCAGAUCAUGUUGAGAGACCUGUAUUGAAGAACUGCCAGCUAUCACCAGCUCCGCCCGACCCUCGAACUGAGUGCUGCGGCCUAGACGCAUUUUCAGGGAAUAAAAUCUAUGGUGGGACCGAUACAGCUAUAGAUCAGUAUCCAUGGAUAACUCUCAUAGAGUACAGGGACAAACACAAUAGAAUAAAACUACUCUGUGGAGGUGCUCUUAUAAGUUCCAAAUACGUGUUGACGGCUGGGCAUUGCGUCGCCGGACCAGUUCUGAAUGUCGGACAACCGGAAAAUAUAAGACUUGGUGAAUACAACACAACGAAUGAUGGUCCAGAUUGUGUUGAAACACCAAUGGAAGAAUCAGAUUGUACAGAUGGUGUGGUUGUGAUACCCAUCGAGAAGAUUAUACCACACCAGGGCUACAACCCGAAGUCCGUGUUGAAACGGGAUGAUAUUGCAUUGAUAAGAAUGACAAACUAUGCAAAUUACACAGAUUUCAUUAGACCGAUCUGUCUUCCAACUACGGAUGUAACACUGUCUAAAACUGAUUUAGUUUUCUACGCCGCUGGUUGGGGAGCGGUAUCGAUUGAGGAGAGAUUCAGCCCUGUUAAACUUCAUGUUGAUUUACCAUUUAGACUGUUAGAGGAAUGUCAAAAGGCCUACAACGUUUCCACCAGAAAACUGGAACUAUGGAACCGUCAGUUGUGUGCUGGAGGUGUGAAGGGUAAAGACACUUGCCGAGGAGACUCUGGCGGGCCUCUGAUGUAUGACAACGGGAGGUCUUACUCCGUCAUAGGAGUCGUCAGCUUCGGACCCUCGCCGUGCGGCUUGGAGGACGUGCCGGGAGUUUACACCAAGGUCUACGAUUAUCUGCCUUGGAUAAGGACGCACAUUAAACCUUGA